AUGUUUGGUAUGCUCUUUGUCUAUCAAAGUAUUCGAGUUCGUGACAUCAAUGAUGCAUUCAAAGAGCUUGGACGCAUGUGCAUGAUGCAUUUAAAUAAUGAACGACCACAAACCAAACUUACAAUUUUACAACAAGCUGUUUCAUUAAUCACCAGUUUGGAACAACAAGUUCGUGAACGUAAUUUAAAUCCUAAACAAGCUUGUUUAAAACGUCGUGAGGAGGAAAAAAGUGGUGAAGCGCCACAUUUCAGUGGUAGCACUGGGGGUGGCUGUGGUAGCAGUAGUAAUAGUAGUAAUAAUACACAUAUCAAUUCAAUUGGAAGCGCCAUAAAUCGUUUGUGUAAUACUAAUUCAGUAAAUUAUUCUACUCCUGUGGUAACAUCGUCAUCACAAAAUCCAUCAAGUCAUAUAUUGGAUUAUGAUCCACGUCUAUCUCAUAUUACACAUGGAACUGCUGUCUAUGGCGAAAAUAUGCCAAUAGUUAAUAGUCGUAAUGAUUAUGCAUCAUCGAAUACUGGAUCUGCUGGGGAUGUUUGUACUCCUGGUUUUUUACAUUCUGAAGUUCAACAAUGUCCAUCGGAAACUUAUACCCAUAUUACGUCACAACAGCAACCACAUCAUUUGUCGAUAGUUAAUAAUAGUUUUACUAAAAAUGCUACUAAUAAUAAAUCUUCAGAUAAUUGGCAUUCUGGUUCCAUAAUACAAUCAGUUCAAUCCACACAUUCAUUAAAUAAUAAUUCACAAAGAUUUGGAACUAUUGGUAUGGCAAGUCAUAAUUCAGGCGAAGAAUAUGAUGAUGAUGAUGAUGAGGAAGAUGAUGAAGAUGAUGUUGAAAGCAGUGAAGAUGAAACUAAACCUUCAAUAGUACGUUCUAUUUUAAAACCUGAUAUAGACAAUGAAAACAGGCAUUCUGUUCAUCAUUCAUCUACUUCUGUCCGCUCUGAUAAUAACAAUAAUAGUAGCAGUGGAAGUUGAAUCUUUUUUUCUUUUUAUCUCUUUUUCAGAUGUUUUAAAUUUUCACAAAAUCAUCUCUAUUAUUAUUGUUAUGAAUUACUACUUAUUACUAGUCCAG